GCGGUAUGAAGUGAGCUAAGUAUUGAGAAAUUUUCACAUUUAAAGCAUUUAACCAUUCAAAAGUGUUUGUCAUUAUUUCAAGUGUCAUAUUCUGUUAAUGUUUGUGAUAACGAAAAUGCGUCAAUUAAAAUGCUGAUUGAAAAGAUUUAAUACCAAUAUUCUAAUAUAAGGCAAAAAAUAUCACUCAUAUACUGCAAAUAUGUGUCAACCCUUCACAAAAAAACCUCUUCUUACAGUAAUUGUUUGUUUCGUCGAAAAAAGACCUUUUUUCAUGAUUUUUUUUAGCAAAAAUUAUUGCUGUAGGUUUAUUUUACUUAUUAUUAUAUGAAAGUGCAACAUUUGAAGGAUACUUAAAAAAAAGUUUUAUCGAAAAAUAGCGAGGAAUAACGGAUUUAUCGUCGAUCUCUGCAGGCACCUCGAAAAAAAGUUGUUGUGCGGUGACCAGCCUACAGCAUCACUGGAUCAUUCGAAACCAAAAAAUCAAAAUGCUUUCUUUAGUUUAUUAGUUUAUCUUUCAAUUGACGUCGAGUUUUUUUUAAUUUUUAAAUUUUUCAAUUUUUGAUACCAUUUUCAAGCCAAAAUGACGAUUUUAGACGAAAAAAUCGACCUAUUUGUUAUUGUAAAAUUGUUAGUAAUUAAAAUUUUUUGGAAAAACUCAAAGUCAUUCGAGAGCUAUAUAUAUGUAGAAUAUUUGUUCAAAAUUUCAAAACGAUCGAUGCAGUAGUUUUUUCUGUAGGCUGGUCACCGACUUUAAAAUUGACAUAUUUGGUAAAAUCGAUUCAAAGUUUUGUACACUCAGCGAAGGUAGCUGGAGGUACCGUUAUUCAACCUGCUGUAACUUCGUUAUUUUUUCUCCGAAUGACCUAAAACUUUAACACAAUAUUCUUGAGAUGUUGAUGGUUUGAUUAAAAAAAAAAUAUGAAAAACAAAAAGCCCAAAAACUUGUGGCUGUAAUUGAACUAAAAUAUUCCAAUGACUACCUAAACUUGUGUUUAUGUCAUACUGACCCUUCGUGGGUCUUCAUUAAAGUUUAUUUUCUUUUAAGGUUACAGUUUGGUUAUGGACAACACAAUGACUGCAUUUUGUUCCUUAUUUAUAAAACAAACCUAAUGAGGUCAGCACAUUAAAAUUCAACCACUUUGCCGAAUAUUCAGGUCCCUAGAUAGGGUACUACCAGAAUUCCGACUGCGUGUUAGACCUGUGGCGAUCACAUUCAAUUCAAAGUUCGCUCCUUUCAUCACAGUUUGGAAUUAUGGAAAGAUCGGCAAAAAAUUCAAUGAAUAUAUGUAUAAAUCAUUCUUCUCAAUACUAAACUUCAUAAAUCAAUGAAAUGACAGCAUAUAUUUUCAAAUUGCUCAUCGGAGCAGUCGUACUUUAUCAAAACGCUAUAGCUGAUAUACCCGACUGUGUCUUCGAAGACACUGUCAACUUAACCGCUAGUACCAAAUUUUCGAAUGGUUCAUAUCUCUAUGAAGAGGUGUUGGUGCCACCACAAUUGAUAGCCGAAUAUAACUAUAUUGAGCUUUACGAAGGUGUGCGUAAGCCCGUAGAGAGACAUACACGCGGCUGUGUGUGCAAGAUCAAACAAUGUGUAAAGUUCUGCUGUCAUCCAAGGGCGAAUAUGUAUAGAAUAAGUCUCAUCACUGGUUACACGCUGCAAUGUAGAGAAGUACUUAAUGGGGAGCGCACAUAUUCACCAUACGUAAAUGUAACUCUGCGAAACAACAGUCGUGUCGUGAUGCAUAUGUUGGAUGAGUUUGUGGUGCAGCAGGGGAUACCGUGCUACAGUGGUGGCUAUAUGCUAAUGCCACACAAGUACGAAGAGGAUCAUUGGGAAUUGUUUGAGAACGGCACGUUGUUGCGCACAAGCGAUGCGAAAUAUUUCUCAAGGAGAGAUUAUUGCUUACACGCUUAUAAUACGAGUGAGGGGUUUGUAUUGAAUCCAAUGAACUGUGGGCGAUCUGACGACCCACCAACGCUAAAGUUAAAUACGAUAAUCAUGCUGAUUUCGGCGCCAUUUCUUUAUGCCACCAUACUGAUCUAUUGGCUCAUACCGGAAUUGUGGAACUUGCACACCAAGUGCUUGAUUAGUUAUCUACUUUCGUUAGCGAUUGGUACAACGUUGAUUGUUUUAGUCAAUCUGCAACAUACAUAUUAUGAAAAAGUUGUUUGCGCUAUUAUCGGUUUUGUGGCAUACUUCUUCAUUACUGCCGUCUUCUUCUGGCUGAAUGUGAUCUGCUUCGAUCUUUGGAAAAAUUUACGUGUCACCCAAGGCGCAGUUCAAAACGUAACGAAGCGUAAACGAUUUCUUUACUAUUCCCUCUACGCUUGGGGCAUGCCGGCUUUGAUGACAAUAGUCACAGCCAGUUUACAAAACUCAAAUUUACCAAAUGGUCUCAAGUCGGGCAUUGGAGAUACACACUGUUGGUUGAAACUUGAUGAUUGGUCUGCCAUGAUCUAUUUCCAUGGACCCUGUUUACUGCUCAUAAUGUUUAAUAUUGGCAUAUUUUUCUUAACUGCAAAUAAUAUCUAUACAAUACGCAAGGAACUGCAGCACUUUUCCCGUGGCGACUCCAGCCGUAGACACUUACGUACGCAGCAAAAUAAUGUUUGGCUCUUCUUUCGGAUGUUCAUUGUAAUGGGUAUCGGUUGGCUGCUGGAGAUAAUCAGUUAUAUGGUGGGCAGUGACGGUGAUGGUUCUCUGUAUUUUGUCGUCACAGAUGCAUAUAAUGCUUCGCAGGGUCUUAUCAUGUUUAUCUUGCUGGUUAUGAAGAAGAAGGUGCUUAUGCUGAUUAAGAAAAAAUUUACUAAAUCGGAUACUUUGCAUCACUCAUCACGUAGAUUUACCACCAAGUCUAACUCGUCGGCCAUUGUGUUGUCCAAUACUGAAAAUCGAUCGAAACUUCGGAAUUGAGAAUCCAACUAAUAUCAAUCGUAAAGAAUCGGCAGUGCAACUGCAAAAUAUUCGAAUGAAGAAACAAAUUCAGUGAUAUGAUUAAUAUUUUAUAAGAGUACGAGUUUAAAGGCGAGAGCAACCAAGCAAUCGUGUGUUCUCAAACUCACCAGAGACCAGUACUAAU